CACAAACAAUGCAGUUACAAAAAUGCGAUGGCGACCCUGCUCAACGCCUGCAUGACGGCUUCCUUGCUGCCCCCCGCGCCGACGCGUGAGCGCGUGACCAUGGCCGCCAUGCAGGAGGAGGACGCGCGCGCGCUCCGCUUCGACGGCAUCGACCUCCGCGAGCGCAUCGGGGCAGCCCUUUGCGACGACGUGGCGGACGUGCGGGUCGUGCCCGGCACGGUGCUCGCGUGGCCCCAGUCGACGUCGGCGGCGCUCGUCGCCACGACGCGCGCCGGCGCCGAGCACGCGCUCUACCUGAAGAAGGUCGCGAGCGCGGACGCGACCGACCGACGCUCGAACGAGGUGGAGGCGACCUUCUACGCGGAGUUCGCCGCCGAGCUGCGCGGUCGCGGCGCGCCGGUCUGCGAGGCGCUCGUCGUCGAGGACCGCGUCGCCGCCGGCGGCGGCGCGCUCUUCGUGCUCCGGCGCUGCCCGGGCGCGCAGCGUUCGCCCCACGACGAGGCCCGCGCCGCGGCAGGGCUGCGGCUCCUCGCGGCGUUCCACCGCGCCGGCGCGGACCGCCGCGUCGUCGCGCGCGCGCGCGCGCGGCUCCACGCGUCCGCGGGCACCUGGUCCUGGCGGCUCCGCGGCGGCCCGGCCGCGCUCGCGGCGGCGGUCGAGCGCUGGCCCGCGUACCUCGCCGCUUUCAGGCCCGUCGCGCCCGCGCUCCGGCCCGCGCGCUUCGACGGCCUCGCGGCGCGCCUCGCGCGCGCCGCGCCGGCCGUCGCCGCGGCCCUCGAGCGCGCCGCGGCGGGCGACCGCGCGACGCUCGUGCACGGCGACGCCAAGGCGAUGAACAUGUUCACGGGCGACGGCCAGGGCAGGACAAGAGAGCGAAAUUCCCAACUUCAAAGGCUCAUAUCUCGGCCGUUUUCCACUCGCGACGGCGCGCUCGUCGACUUCCAGUGGGUCGGCGUCGGCGUCGGCAUGCAGGACGUCGCCUUCGGCGUCGCCUUCCACCUGAUCCACAGCGUCGACCCGGCGGCGCUCGACGGCGGCGGCGAGGCGCGGCUCGUCGCCUCGUACGUCGCGGCGCGCUACGGCGGCGCCGAGCGCGGCGCCGCGGCCGAAGCCGCGGACCACUACGAGCUCUCCGUGCUCGACUACGCGCGCCACCUCUUCUCCGGGCUCCCGACGGACGCCGGCGACGCCGCGUUCGCCGCGAGGCGCGACCGGGCCAACGCGGGGCUCGUCUCCCGGUACCCCGCGGCGUCGAUCCGGCUCGCGGUGCGCGUCGACGAGAUCCUACGGGCCCGGUUCCCGGAGUACGGGUAAGCCGUAUGGCGUGCCAGUGGGUCCAGACGUCGAUCGGG